AUGAAAUAUUAUAAUCUUUCAUUUUUCUUAUCCAUACUAAUAGCAACUAACCUAGGAUUUAUCACUUAUGAUACAGGAUUUGCAUCUUCAUUCAAUUAUGAAGACGGAUUUCUCGCAAAUCCUAACACAAACUAUCUGAAAGAGUUUUCGUUUUCUGGGACAUUUGAAAGACCACCUUAGGUAGCGUUAGUAAUAUACAAAUAUAACUAUGAUUAUUACUAACCCAAUGGAUAUGAUAUAUAGGUAACAGAAGUGACGACAAUUAGUAAAAAUUUUCUGUAUUUUUAGAGUUUAAGGUCUAACUUAGAUGCUUAUAUCAGCACAGAGUUUAUGAUACUCCUUUCAAUUGGUAUGCCUAUGACGAUAGAAGAAUCCAAGUCAUAAGUGUAGUGAAUUAUGAUAUUUCAUAAUCAAGUGUUAGUUUCUCCACUUAAAUAACUCAUCCUCAUUUUAAUCCUAAUUUCUCAAAAGGAAUCAUACAUGUUACAUCAUUAUGUUACACUGGGCCUAUUGAUUUUGAACUAUCCGUAUCAAUUUAUUCCUACUUUAGAUUGUAAGCAUCAAUUUUUAAGAUGUUGUAAUUUAAAUCAAGUCAAACAACUUUAAUUUAAUAAAACUUGGCUAUUAGAUAUUUCUAUCGAUUGAUGAUGCUAUUGAUGUAGAGAAUCAAAUAGUUUAUAAUGGCGAUUUGUAUACUAGUCCAACAUUAACUUUUCCAAGUGAUAAAGAUUGGACUAUUGGCUUAUAAGGAUUGAAUUGGGGUUAAACUAUAAAUCUUAGAGUCAAGAGAAUUUAAUUCUCAAAUUAUUACACUUAUGGCAGAUGUAAUAUAAGAUAUAUUUAUUUAGGGCCAGGAGGUAACAAUAAUGUCUCAAUACUAAGAUUUACAAAUAUAUAUUUCCAUAGAAGUAUCACAAAAAACUUUUUACCUUGGAUUAUUAAAACAGUUAGAGUCAGUCAAACUGAGUAUUAUAACUUAUAGCCAGCACCUAUCUUUACUGUCGCGAUAACUGAGCUUAGUAAGGUUUAUGCAACUCCAGUUACUGAAACACUUUAUGUGUAGUCAAAAUCCCAACUUCAUGUUGAGAUUCGAUAUUAAUGUGAUUAACUAAAGAAAAAACUAUACACUGAGUUUUUUAUGUGCAGCUCCUGUAAUAUAAAGAAGCUAUAUUAUUAUUGUUUAAGAAGUGUAAAUGCUAUUUCAAUUUAUGCUUUAUUAAACUCUCAAACGACUGCAGUUAGUGCAUUUACUAUUUCAAUUUCUAAUAAUGGUAUCUCUUUAAUCCAAACAAUUUAAAAUCAGUUAGAGAAUACCUAAUAAAUAUUAAAAGUCGAAGUUUAGAAUAAUUGAAGUAAUUAAUUUUUUUUAUUACAUAAUAAAGUUAUAUACAUUCGUAGUUAAAUAAUUUGAACUUUCAAUCUGUCAAUCAUAAUUUAUUAUAAUUCAAGUAAUGUAAUAUAUAAUAUUAAAGAGGAGUUCUAAAAGAACAGAUUGAAAUGUGAAUUUUAGAAAGAACUAAAAAUCAUAAUUAUAACUCCAGUAUAACAGUGAUUUAAAAUAUGAAUGUGAACGUUUUUUUGAAGCAACUAUUCAGCAAUUGAGAAUGCAGAUAUAUAAAUUCCUAUCAGACUUAUAAUUUAGUAUUUUUACGUUAAAAUAUCAUGAUAACAUGGCGAGUAAAAGGAUG